UCGGCCAGAGGGUUGGUUUGUUGUGGGGGGGGGGGGGGCGUUUUUUGGUCUUGGCGGUGUUUGACAGCAGGACUUUCUGUUUGUUUGGAAGAGAAGGGGCACUCCGAAUGAGGGUUGCUGGCUUGCUUGCUUGCUGGCAGACACAUGCAUGGCAAUAGAAGCCCGCUGCUGGCAAGGAGGGGGCUUGUCUGGCUGUGAGGGAAGUGACUGAGAAAGUUCCAGGAGGUAAAGGGCUGGAGUGGCAAAAGCACCGCAAGACUGACUGGCGCACCACCCGGAGCCCAGAAAAUGACCAGCGCGCCCAGCACCACCACCACCACCACCGGGCUCUGCACUGACGGCCCCAGCAGCGCCUCUGAAGGCCCGCAGCCGCCUCCCGGAGAUGCCCCAGCAGGCGGCACCCAGGAGCGGGGCCAGCCGCGGGCAGCGCCGCAGAUCCCUCCAGACCCUGUGACGUGGGUUGGGCUCCAUAGCCGAGGAGAAAAGGCCCGAGGUGAAGCGAUGGAUGCCUUGGCCCGGGCUCUGGGGCGCUGCUUCCAGCACGACUCUAGUCCUUCCUGCAGCCCCCUGAAAAAUGGACAGUCGGAAGCAUCCGGGCCGGAGCUCCAACAGAUGCUGCUGCUGCUGCUCCGGCUCUCCAGCAGCUGCCCAUUUAGAGAGGUCCAGGAGCAGUGCUCACAGAUGCUGCGAGCUGCCCAGGACAGAGGAAUAAAAAUUCCCCGGCAGUUGGGAAGAGGCCCCAGCUCGUUCAUCCCAGUAGAAGAGAUCUUACAAGAAGGGGUAGAGAGUGCCCAACGGCGCCUCUUCAUAGAGGCAUUUGUUGCAACGGGCAGAGUGGAUAACAUUACCAUGGUGAUGGGGCUGCAUCCGGAGUAUCUCACCAGCUUCUGGAAGACUCAGUACCUCCUGCUGCGGAUGGACGGUCCUCUGCCAUAUCACAAACGCCAUUACAUUGCCAUCAUGGCUGCUGCUAGACAUCAGUGCUCCUAUCUGGUUGGCUUCCACAUGGGGGAGUUCCUGCAAGUGGGCGGGGACCCCAAGUGGCUGCGAGGCUUACAGUAUGCCCCGCAGAAACUGAGGAACCUCAAUGAAAUAAACAAGAUCUUGGCUCACCGACCCUGGCUGAUUACCAAGGAGCACAUUGAGACGCUCCUGAAGACAGGUGACAACAGCUGGUCCCUUGCAGAACUCAUCCAGGCUCUGGUGCUCCUCACACACUACCACUCACUUGCCUCCUUUGUCUUUGGCUGUGGCAUCAAUCUGGAAAUUGACCAGGAGGGCGGCCACGCCUUUCAGCCCCCUUCGCCACGCAGUUGCGAUAGCAGUCCAGCCUCGGAGGAUGGGGUGAACAAUUCCGGGGGCACAGAUGCUAUGGAGGAGGUGGAGGUGUUGAUGGAGAGGAUGAAGCUGCUACAGGAAUGCCAGUUGGAGGAGGAGGAAGUCACGAAGGAGGAGAUGGAGACCCGCUUUGAGAUGGAAAAAAGGGAAAGCUUGCUUGUUACUCCCUCAGAUAUUGCUGAACACUCCCUGCCUCCCAAUGUCUUGUGCUUUGUGGAAGAUCCAGAAUUUGGAUACAAAGAUUUCACGAGGAGAGGAGAACAGACGCCACCAACCUUCCGAGCGCAGGAUUACACCUGGGAAGAUCAUGGCUACUCGCUCAUCAACCGCCUGUAUCCCGAUGUGGGCCAACUACUGGAUGAGAAAUUCCAGGUGGUCUAUAACCUGACAUAUAACACAAUCGCCAUGCACAGUGGUGUGGAUACAUCCAUGCUCCGGAGGGCCUUAUGGAAUUACGUCCACUGCAUCUUUGGCAUUCGGUACGACGACUACGACUACAGGGAGGUGAAUCAGCUCUUGGAGCGCAACUUGAAAAUCUACAUCAAAACUGUGGCCUGCUACCCAGAGAAAACCACCAAGCGAAUGUAUACUCACUUCUGGAGACACUUCAAGCACUCUGAGAAGGCGCAUGUCAAUCUUCUUCUCCUGGAGGCCCGCAUGCAGGCCGCCCUGCUGUACGCCCUGAGAGCCAUCACACGCUACAUGACCUGACGGACCCGGCUCCCUCUUGUUCUGCAAGGGGCAGACCAGCUGUCGGGCAGAGGAGCUUUCCCCAAAAGACCUGUUUCUGGAAUGUGUUAUGAAAGACUUUGUUCCCUCACCCCCCACCUGUGGCGUUUGGAGGUGUGUGCUUCAGAGGCAAGGGAUGGGGGAAGAGAAGCCAAAUGAUUCAGCCCCACCUGUGUGACGAACACCCGACUGGCCAAGCCCACCCUUCUCUGCUGACUUUGGAGCCAUUCCUGGCUUGCUGUGUGGUUUGUUGGCCAUUGCUACUGUUGAGCAUAGCGGCGUCAAGGCGCCACUCCGGGGCCGCCAGCUACUGUCUGGAAACUUCAGGUUCUUGUUUCGCUCGAGUCGGUGUCCCUUAUCGGCCUUGUAUGUGUUGAAAUUGGUGGUGGCUUUCAGCUGCUCCAAGCUACCUCCCUCCCUCAAAUGGGUGAUGAGUGCAAUGAAUGUUGGAUCUCACGGCGGCCUUGUUUGUGAAUUGGAUGCCGCCAAACCAACCAAGACUGGAUUAACCAAAGAGAUCUCUCUGCUGUGACGUGGCGCUCUUCUUUCUCUGUGGCCUCUUCUUGCUGUAGGACUUUGAAUGUUCAAGCAGAUCACCGAAAUCUUUCUCUUGGAAGUGACAAUGACUGGCUAAAGAUUUGGGAAGGACUAGAGCACCCUUCUAGCGGGUGGGGCGGAUGGGGAAAUUGAUGAAUCUAAGCUAACCUGUGGGCCGCUGCAGUCGGCAUCUACGCCUCUACACUACAUUUCUUGUUUUCUUAGCAUCCAUUCUGAGCCUUUGCACUCAAAAUUAUGUCCUCGUUUGUCUGAUCAACACGGGAGCCGCCCCGCCUCUGAGAAAAUGGCAGCUGGCCUAUAGAGGCCAAACUGGGCCAAAAAUAGAGGCUUGAGGUUGAGUUCAGGCCAGAUUCUUCUGCUUUUUUGCCACUUGGACAAGGGGAGAGAGGGUUCUCCUGGGGAGGAGUGGGGGAAAUCUCCCAGUUGAGGGAGCCAGCUUGGAGCACACAAAUAGCUCUGGUUUCUCUCUGGAGUAGGAGGGUGCUCACUUGUUAAGAAGGGGGUAUGGGAGGGGGUGUUGAAAUACACCUGUCAUCCUUUAAGGUGUUCUUAGUUCACUUUCCCAACGCAAUGUGUGUGCUUGGCUGGCUGGUCUUCUCUAGAUCCCAGGAUCUGCUCUCAUCACAAGCCCUAUUCAGACGUUCUAGUGUACUUGCAUUAGAUGUCUGCGCACCAGUGUUCCCAGGGAUUCCCAGAUGUUUACUACAGUUCCCAUCAUCCCCAGCUGCAAUGGCCUUUGACUGGGAAUAAUGGGAGUUGUAGCCAACAUCUGGGGAUCCCUGUUACAAGGAAUACUGCUGUGCGCUCACAUAAGUGUUUGUGUGAAUGGCUAUACCUGUGUUCAUUUGGAAAGUGAACCUGGACACAGGUCCCUCAGGGGUGUGAUACAGAGUGAACUGCUAUACCUGCAUUCAGCAGAACCUGUGAAUAACUGUACUUACAUACAGAUCUGUACUUGCCUACACUGUACACAGAUUGCACAAGUUCAGUGUAAUAUCUUAAUAGGGCUGCGGAAUUGUUGGGUUUUGGAGUUAGAAGAGCCUUCGGAGGGUCCUCCAGGCCAAUCCCCUGCCCAGGGCAAACUGUUCUCCAUAUCCUCUCCUGGCUACUCAAAAAGCUUGAAUUGUUAUAUUUAGAAAUAGGAAAGCCUCCUUCCCUCUCUCUGAAAUCUAUCUACUUUUCUGGUUAGGCAGUAAUGCGGCUACCUAGAUGACUCAUUCAGGAUGAAAUGGGGAUCCUCAAAGAUCUAGGCCUACUCUAGUCAUGAAUUAUGAUGGAAUUAGAUGGUAGAAGAGUAUGUAGCAUUUCAGACUGCAGGGGAAAGUUGCCAUUGUUAAAUGUCCCCUUCUCCAUACAAACAGAUAGCUAGCAUGCAGGGAGCAGGCUGGGCUGGAACCUCUUUCACUGAUGUUACAAGUUUUUUUUACUUACAGGGAAUUGUUAUAUAAGGAAGUAUUUUAAAAAUAUAAGAGCAGCCUUGAUGAAUCAGGCCCAAAGCCCAUCUAGUGUGCCACCCUGUUUCUUGCUGUAGUCCACCAGAUGCCUUGGGGAAGCCCACAAGCAGGAAAUGAAGGCAUGCCCCCCCACCACGUUGUUCCAUUGCAUCUCGUAUUCAGAGGCAUCCUGCCUCUGAACUCACAGGUAGCAUGUAGCCAUUUAUAGACUUGUCCUCCUUGAAUGUGCCUAAUCUCUUUUUAAAGCCGUCUGAGCUAGCAGUGGGUAUGAUAGAAUUCUAGCGUGGGGGGUCUCUUAGUCCAGGGAUCCCCAAUCUUGGGUUCCCAGAUAUGAUUGGACUACAACUCCCAAUAUAGUCCAGCUCAGUAUGAGUUGUAGUCUAACCACAUAUCCAACUUCCUACUCGGUACAGGAAUCUGCCACCAAUCACUCAACCUUGUUCCAAAGUGAUGAGAGUCCCUCCUACUAUGUUGGAUUUCUGCCACUUCAUUCUGCUCCACUGGUAAGCUAGGCCCUAAUCUGUGAUCAAAACAGAUUCUUCGAAGGAUGAAUAGGAAGAAUUACUCCAGAGAAUUGGUGACUUCAGACCUAAGACAUAGAUCAGUGCUGCUCAACUUCGGCCUUCCUGCAGAUGUUGGCCUACAGUCCCCAUAAUCCCUGGCUGUUGGCCACUGUGGCUGGGGGUUAUGGGAGUCAUAGUUCAAAAACAGCUGGGGGGCCUAGGUUGAGCAGGCCUGGCACAGAGGAACCUGACUUUCCCACCUAAAAUGGAAUCUUUCAUGGGGAAGGAAGGAGGAGUCCAACAUGGCCCUGUCCUUGUAGCCACAUAGACUUGUGCACUGUUCUUGCCAGUUCACAGUCUGUGCCUUAUGCAGGGAAGAAGCUACACCCUGCCCUAAGUGGUUUUCCUUGUUUGUCCUACUUGAGUUUUGGUGUGAAGAGAGCAAGGCACUAAACUGUGAAGAGAGCUGGAGAGGUUGUUUGGAAAACAAAACUCUCCUUGGUCCAUGCAUGAUUGUCCAACUAUUUCUCUUCUAUCAUGGCCACCACUCCCUACUUUCCCCAAGCUCCUUCCCAAAUUGUCCAUCAUUUCAAAAACGCCAAAGCCAGUGCAGGUGUGCACCCAGUCUUUGGCACUCGCUCCUUUUGCAUCCACCAUUUCAAUGAUUACCUCUCUGCUUGCUAACAUGUGGAAGUUUUUUAAAAAAACAAACAAACCAACAACUGAACUUCUGGAAUCAGCUUGUAGCACUUUGGGUGGUUUCACAUGACUGCUGACAGGUCAGUAAGGUGAGAAGAGGCUGGGAAUCACGAGUGCACAUUCCCGAAGAGUGUGAUGUCUGAAUCCACCUGAAUCCCAACUCCAGCCAGAAUCUUGAGAUUCUCUGCCCAAUUUCAAAGUUGUGGUUAUAGGUGGGUGGAGAACUCAGGUGAAUCUUGGGAAUCAGGUGCAGGAAUCAGACUUUGGCAAGUUCAGACGUCAUGCCUGCCAGGAGUGUGUGCUUCCAAUUCCUGAUGCUUUCUGGAUGUGUUCCCAGAUUACUGACUUGGCAGUCAUGUAAAGCUACCCUUUAAUUUUCUUUCUGUGUGUUUCUACCCUUUUCUCAGUUCUAGUGAUCCUCCUCCUCCAUAAAGGCCAGACUAGAGGAAACUUGAGAUCUGGAUCUCCCAUUUCUUUUUAUAUUUUUUAAAAAUGCGGCCACAGAAGAGGGGUGAUCUGGUUCAAGACUGCAGUGCUGGAAGAGGUUAGCCCUCUUCUCCCCCGCUCCUCUGUCAUGCAAUGAAAAUGUCAUCUCCAGCUGCUGCUUGCCGUGUUAUGGAAAACAUGUGUGUUUGGGGGUGCUUUUUACAAAGAUGUAAGGACAUGGGAAAUUGGCCCUUUCAAGGAGUGAUAGGUACUGAACUCAAGAAACCAAGAAGAAACCCUCUUUCCCAUUGUGGUGGCUGCUGUACAAGAGAUCCCUUCUUUACCUGAAUAGAGGAGGGUGCUGAAUUUUAAGCUGAUCUCCUUAAGAGCACUGUGAAUUUAAGAUGACCCCUCCAACAUCAAAUAACUUGGGGAGGGGAGGGAACACCCUAGGCCUGGAUUCAGGUAAAUACUGUACUGCUUUAGAGUCAUAUCGCUGAAGAUGUCAUAUUGGUGAAGUAUUCUCUAGCCAGAGAAUUCAGGAACUCCUGAAGAGUUGGGGCGGGGAGGAUUAGCAUAUGAAGACAAGUUUUAAAUCGUGGCUAGUGCCAGAGACUGUGGUGGUUCAGCAGUUCUGAGAGAGCCAGUACUGACAUCUUGUUUCACUUCAGUGCAGGGUCUGGCCAGGUCAGAAAUGGCUUCCAUUCCUUCUGAGCCGGCUGCAACUCUGUUCCAAUCAAGUAUCUGUUCCAGAGUUCUUUCUGGUGGCCUAGGGCACAGGUUUGCAAACCUGGGUCCCCAGUUGAUCUUUGGACUAGGGCUACAGUUUCCAUCAUCCCUGGGCCAUUGUGGCUGGGGAUGAUGGGAGUUCUUGUCUCACAACACCCCUGCUCUAGGAAUUCUGGGAUGUUCUCUCACUUCAGACACCACAUUCUUUCUUCCACUCCUUCUCGGAUAAGAGUUCCAAGAUGCCAAAAUUUCACCUCCUGGGGAAAAAAAAACUGUGACCAGCCCUAUUUGUGUGGAAGAGGAGUUUUCCUUUUUGGGUGCUACACUGAAGGGAAAACAGUGAGAUAUAUAUGCCUGCCCUGUGCACUCUUUGCCAGAAGAUCUUUCCCAUUCUCAUGCUUUCUCCUUGCUUUCUCCUACAUCCUUGCUGAGAGAAGAGGCCACUGGUUCAAGGGCUGGCAGAAUAUACUUCUUGUUGGUACAGGCCCUUGGAAAUGUGAAUGUGACAAUGCUGGUAUACCCAGCAGAGCUGUUGUUGUGGUAGGUUUGUGACAGGGCCAAAGAUCUCCCUUGAGGAAUCCAGCCGGGUGCCAAGUAAAUAAUUAUUGUGGUUUUUGUUUUGCUUGGUUAUUUUUUCCUUUUGUAAACCUAAGAUCUCUGGAGUCAUGGCUUGCCUGACUGCGGAUGCCUUGAACAGAUUGGUCUUGUCUAACUGAAACCUCUGGCCCUCGAGACUGAGAAGAAAAGCCAGGGCUUUUAUACUGAGUGUUUUGGUUUACUCUGCUCAAAGAUACUGUGCAACAACUAUAUGUUGACUUCUGUGCACACCCUGCAUUUUGAAGCAAGACACUGUCUUUUGGUAGGUAUAUGGAAGGAGUGGGAAUGGAGGUUUACUUUGUACGAAUCUGACUAUUAAGGACCUACCCUGCAGAAUUUCAAGGUUUCUCAUCUUCUCCCUUGCUUUCUAUAUGGCAAAGAUUCUCAAAUUUGUGUACCCAGAUAUUGUGACUACAAUUCCCAUCUUCCCCAUUGUGGCUGGGGAUGAUGGGAGUUGUAGUCCAACAACAUCUGAGGACCCAAGUUUGAGAACCUUUACCAUAUGGAAAUGCACUGAGGUGGUGUUGUCUGAGAUGAGUGCCUUUGAGAAUGAAGCCCCUAUAAAAGACUCUUCCUAGUUCUCUUCUAUGAAUGAGUUUGUUGGUUCAUUCUCUCCUAGCCCACGGCAGUAUUGCACAUCCAGGUGGCAAAUGCACUGUGAAAUUUCAAAGGCUGGCUAAUCUUCUGGCUGAGCUGAGCUGGCCUCAACUCUUCUUCAAGCUGGUUUUGAUCAGUCUUUCUCUUCUGACCAGCGCUCCCCCAAUUUAUCCUGCUCCUAUACCCAGUUUUAAAACCAGGCUGCACAACAUUGGCCAUCCAACUCCCACCCCCUCCAGCCACAGGAGCCAAUAGUCAGGGAUGCUGGGAGUUGUAGUUCAACAUCUGCAGGAAGGCCAAAGGUGUGCAGCCCUGCCUUAGAGAGCCCUGGGUGCCCAGAUGCUGUUUUGCUUUUUCCUUGUCAUGUCCGUUUCCAGUGGGUCUCUGUGAACUUUGCCUGUUUUCCUUCUUGACCCUGAGAGGCACAGGACCAGUGCAGCAUAACCAGGGCAGGGAUUGCAGAAUGUCUAGCUUUCACCAGGUGUGCCGCUGUGUUUCACACUGGUGCUGGCCGCUGUGAAAUGACUGCGUCCGCCCCUCCCUUGCCAUCUGGCUGCUGUUCUCCUCCCUGUCCCCUCCCUCCCUUCUUCCCUCACCCUGGAGUUGAGCAGUAAUACAGACCUGGCAGCCUCUACUGCCCUGGCUGCACCUUUGCUCCAUAUAAGUUAUGUAUGUUGUUGUUUUUUUAUAAAUGUAUUUACUGUUGGCUGUACCAAUGUUGUGACUUUGCUACCAGUUCUGUUUGAGAAAUAAAGUUGCCUUUUUGUUUUCCAAA